AUGGUGUCAGGUCACCUGGGCGAAGUCACCAAGACACCCGAGUAUGAAACCAUAGCCCUGCACGGUGCUCAAGAGCCCGACCCGAUCAAUGGCUCCCGAGCAGUACCACUAUAUCAAACUUGUGCGUACAACUUCAGCGAUGCCUCCGACGGCGCCAGCAAAUUCGCCUGGUCCAAGGAAGGGUACGUGUACACGCGUAUGGGCAAUCCCACCAAUACCGUCUUCGAGAAUAGGAUGGCCAUGCUGGAAGGCGGCGUCGGCGCGGUUGCCACAGCUAGUGGCCACGCCGCUCAAUUCAUGGCCAUCACUUCCGUCUGCGAGCCUGGACACAAUUUCAUUAGCACGAUGAAUCUGUACGGCGGUACUCACAACCAAUUCCGCGUGUACAUGAAGAAAUUCAACAUCAUGUGCAAGUUCAUCGAAGGACAAGACCCGGAAGGCAUCCAAAAUCUGAUUGACGACAAGACGAGGGCCGUGUACAUUGAGACGAUUGGCAAUCCGCAGUUCAACGUCCCCGAUAUCGAAGCUGUGGCGGAUGUGUGUCAUGCCGCAGGCGUUCCGCUAAUCGUAGAUAACACGUUCGGCAUGGGCGGAUACUUGUCUCAACCUAUCAAGCAGGGCGCGGAUAUCGUGACCGCAUCCUGCACCAAAUGGAUCGGUGGCCAUGGCACAUCGAUGGGCGGCAUCGUCAUUGACGGCGGGCACUUUGACUGGUCCGCCUCUGACAAGUUCCCGGGCUUUACGGAACCGGCAGAAGGGUACCACGGUAUGCGCUUCUGGGAGACAUACGGGUAUAAAGCGCUCGCGGCCAAGUUACGCAUGGAUGCGAUGAGAGACUUGGGACCAUGCAUGUCGCCGUUCAACGCGUGGUUGUUCUUACAGGGCCUAGAGUCCCUCCCCGUCCGCGCGGACAGACACAUUGCCAACACACUUGCGUUGGCACAGUGGCUCGAAAAACAUCCGAACGUGGCCUGGGUGAACUACCCGGGGUUGAAGUCGCAUCAGGACUAUGAGCGGGCGCAAAGGGUUUUGCAGAAAGGACAAGGAGCAGUGCUAACGUUCGGCGUAGCGGGGGACAUUGAUGAGGUCGAGGCGGUCGUCAACAAUCUCAAGUUGUGCUCGCACUUGGCCAAUGUGGGUGAUGCGAAGACGUUGAUCAUCCACCCAUGGCGGACAACGCAUCAGCAGAUCCCAGACCAGGAGAAGAUCCGAGGUGGUGUGACCCCAGACAUGAUCCGUGUGAGCCUGGGAUUGGAGCACAUCAAUGACAUUGUCCAUGAUUUCGAACAAGCGUUCGUGGCGGCUGGAUUGAAGGGCGCAAAAGAUUGGAUCCCGACAUGGAAGAAAGGUAUGACGGAUCAGGAAUGGAGUAAAGGGACGCUAUAUGCGCCCAACCCGAAUGCUUCCAAGUUGCCAAAGACUGUGUCUAGAUCUCCUGGGGCUCAAUGA